AUGAACUUGGCUUCUUUUAAGUUCUCGGCUGCUAGUGCCUGGAAGAAAUUGCCAAGAGAGAUACGUGAGCUGAAAUCACUUGCACAGUUUAAGGAUUCCACCAUCCCUAGUGUAGCCUCUACAUCACAGGAAGGUCAGGAAAACAGGACACUGAAAGUCACUCUUCUGAGUAAUGAGUGGAAAUCGUCAACUGAUGGAGAAUUGUCAACUAUCAACCGAGAGCUGGCCAUCCAGUUGGCUAAACACCCCAAUGUGGAUGUGAGUGUCUUGCUACCAAGUUGCAGCAGAGAGGACAGGAGCAGUGCUAAGAGUCACAAUGUGAAGCUCAUUGAGGCACAGAGAGUUCCUGGUGUAGAACCAGUUCUUUGGUUGUCAUCUCCUCCUAGAAACCAUACAAUGGACUGUGUCAUUGGUCAUGGAGUCCACCUUGGUCGACUUAUUACACAUCCAAAUUACUGUCACUGCAAAUGGAUUCAAGUUGUUCACUCUGCUCCUGAAGAAGAUGGAAUGUACAGAAACAUUUCAGAGGGUCAAAAAAAGCAGGAAACAGAAAUCCAGCUUUGUAAGAUGGCUGAUCAAGUCGUCACAAUUGGACCCAAGCUAGCAGAAGCUUACAAGCGUUACCUCCGUCCCAGUAAACAAGGGGAAAAUGUUUUUGACCUUACUCCAAGCAUUUUCUCUGAAUUUUUGGAAAAAGAACAAGCCACAGAAGAAAGACAGACUUUCUAUGUUCUUGUAAUUGGAAGUGGUGACAGCUGUGAAGAUUUCACAGUCAAGGGGUACGAUAUAGCUGCUAAAGCAAUUGCUGAGUUGAAAGAUGAAUCCUACAAACUCAGGUUUGUUUGUGCACCUGGAGGAAAAGGAGAUCAAACCGCAGAAAAGCUGCUCCACUAUGGCGUUAGUCGUAAUCAGCUACUUGUUCACAGCUUUAAUGAUAGCAGAGAAGUGCUAGCCAACUUAUUUUGUGAAGCUGAUCUUGCAAUAAUGCCCUCUAGGACUGAUGGUUUUGGAAUAACAGCUUUAGAAGCCCUAUCUGCUGGUCUACCCAUACUUGUCAGUAGUAAUUCAGGACUUGGGGAAGCUUUAAAGAAAGUUUCAUUAGGCUCCCAGUGUGUGGUAGACUCUGAAGAUCCCAAAGACUGGGCCAGGGAAAUCAAGCGUGUACGUCAGAAAGUGAGGGAAGUGCGACUUUCAGAGUCAAGGUCUCUUCGUAAAAAGUACAUGAAGGAGUACAGCUGGAAUGAAGCUUGUAGAAGACUUGUAAACAGGAUGUAUGAACUCACAUUUGGUUUAUCAGAAAGUGGAACAAUUUUUCCAAUCAGUGAUAAGAGGCCAACCCCCUUUGUUGCAGCUGAUCAGCCUUCUAAACGACUCAGAGAAGAAUUGAUUCACUCAACUCAUCAUGAACGUCAAGGUUCUUCUAGCUCUAGCUCACCAGCUCCUGUAGCUGUGGAUCAUACUCAAGGGAGUCUUUCUGAAGCCUUUGUAAAUCAGAAUUAUCAUGGUAGCCAGAACUAUCCUCAGAGUGAGUACAGAAAAUUUCUGAUAAUUUGGUGUUUGAAUAAAUUACAGUAG